AUGGGCACGGCACCGAGGCGGUCGUCGGUGUCCCCGUCCCGGGCUCAAUCCCGUCGGAGCCUGAGCGUGCGCGCAGCCAAGACGGAGAAUGGUCCCACCAUUGCUAUCGCAGGCGUCACCGGGGCUGUCGGCCAGGAAUUCCUCCGGGUCAUCACAGAGCGCAAGUUCCCCUACAGCAACAUCAAGAUGCUUGCAUCUGCCAGGUCGGCAGGGCGGCAAUACGAGUUCGAGGGGGAGACCUACACCGUUGAGGAACUGACAGAAGACAGCUUCAAGGGCGUGGACAUCGCCCUCUUCUCCGCCGGCGGCUCCAUCAGCAAGAAGUACGCCGCCGUGGCCUCCGCCGCCGGCGCGACAGUGGUGGACAACUCCAGCGCCUUCCGCAUGACGGAGGGCGUCCCGCUGGUCAUCCCCGAGGUCAACCCGGAGGCCAUGGCCGGCUACCGCGCGGGCGGCGGCGGCAUCAUUGCCAACCCCAACUGCUCCACCAUCAUCGCCCUGGUGGCGGUGGCCCCCCUGCACCGGCUGGCCGGGGUCAAGCGCAUGGUGGUGUCCACCUACCAGGCGGCCAGCGGCGCGGGUCAGGCCGCCAUGGAGGAGCUGGAGCUGCAGACGCGGGAGGUGCUGGACGGCAAGCCUGUCACCCAGAACAUCUUCCCCUUCCAGUAUGCCUUCAAUGUCUUCUCCCACAACUCCCCUAUGACCGACAACGGCUACAACGAGGAGGAGAUGAAGAUGGUCAAGGAGACGCACAAGAUCCUGGGGACGUCGGACAUCCGCGUGACCGCCACGUGCAUCCGCGUGCCCGUCAUGCGCGCGCAUGCGGAGUCCAUCAACCUGGAGUUCGAGCGGGACAUCAGCGAGGAGGAGGCGCUGCGCGCGCUGGCGGCGGCGCCGGGCAUCCAGGUGGCGGACGACCGUGCGGCCAACUGGUUCCCCACCCCGCUCAGCGUCUCCCACCUGGACGACGUGUUUGUGGGGCGGGUGCGGCGCGACUACAGCCGGGACGACGCGCGGGGCCUGAACCUGUGGGUGUGCGGUGACCAGGUGAAGAAGGGUGCGGCCCUGAACGCCAUCCAGAUCGCGGAGCUGCUGCUGUGA